AUGGCAGCUGCUUUCUCCUGUCCAGUCUUUCUUCCCUCUACAUUUUCUUAUAAUGGAAAUCGAUAUCAUGGCAGAAUCAAGAUCAAAAUCAAUGCCACUAGUUCUACUAAGGUAAAGACGUUGAAUGAAAUUGCUGGAGCUGGAAAAGGUUCCUCUUCACUUGCUACUUCCACUGAAAUCGGCCACUUAAGCCAAGAGCAGAUUCGUCAGAGGAUCCCCACGAAGAAGCAGCUAGUUGAUCCUUACCGUCAAGGUCUCAUCAUCGAAAGGGGAGUUGGCUAUAGACAGACGGUUGUGGUCCGCUCCUAUGAAGUUGGCCCUUAUAAAACAGCAACCCUGGAAAGCCUCCUUAAUCUUUUCCAGGAAACAGCAUUAAAUCAUGUAUGGAUGUCAGGACUUUUAAGCAAUGGAUUUGGAGCCACACAUGGAAUGGUGAGGAACAAUCUCAUAUGGGUCGUCUCAAGAAUGCAAGUCCAAGUGGAUCACUAUCCCAUAUGGGGCGAGGUACUGGAAAUCGACACAUGGGUUGGAGCAUCAGGGAAGAAUGGGAUGAGACGAGACUGGCUAAUCCGUAGCCAAGCCACAGGCAUCACUUACACACGUGCAACUAGCACUUGGGUAAUGAUGAAUGAGAAAACAAGGCGACUGUCAAAGAUGCCGGAGGAAGUGAGAGAUGAGAUUUCUCCUUGGUUUAUAGACAAACGAGCAAUCAAUGAAGAUGUUCCCGAAAAGAUCGUCAAGUUGGACGAUAACGCAAGAUAUGUCAACUCUGACUUGAAGCCAAAGAGGAGUGAUUUGGAUAUGAACCACCAUGUGAAUAAUGUCAAGUAUGUAAGAUGGAUGCUCGAGACAAUCCCUGACAAAUUUUUGGAGUCUCAUCAGCUAUCUGGUAUUGUACUAGAAUAUAGAAGGGAAUGUGGGAGUUCAGAUAGAGUUCAAUCACUUUGCCAACCAGAUGAAGAUGAAACUUUAACAAAUGGAGUGGAACAAAGUCUACUUAAAAAUAUGAUUUUGACUCCUGGAAUCAUGGAAGGAAAUGGAUACCUAGGCCCCCUGGAUGUGAAGUCAUACGGAUAUACUCAUCUCCUCCAAAUCAAAGGGGAUAGUAAAAAUGAAGAGAUAGUUCGAGGAAGGACCAGAUGGAGGAAAAAGCUUUCUACAUUGCCAUAUUCCUCUUAGUAACAUGUAUUUGACAAGCACAAGGGAUUGAACAAGCAGAUCCUCUUUGAACAUAAGUGAAAACAACCAGAAAAUAAUACCUGCACAUGCUGCCAUUAAGGAAAAUAAUUGAGUAAAAAGGCAUAACACUUGGAUUUGCUGUCCUAUAUCCUAGAUGUUUGAUUGUUGUGGCAAUGUGAUCAUGGGAUUUGGGAAUUUGAAUGUAGACCAUGUUAAUAACAUGUCAGGAGCACUGACAUGGUAUAUAUUGAAUACAUGCAAAACUGAGAGACGACUGGAAGGCAUCAAGCCCUGGGGAAGGUGUUGUAUACAGUACCAGAGAAUUUUUAGAAGGGUUGUGAAUGAUAUAGUUUGUAUACAGUACAAAGGUUCGAAAUCAUAUAGUUUGCAUUUGUAUUGAAAAUGAAGUUGUGCGAUGACUAAUAAGCCUUGUGAAAUCAUAAAACUGUAUUUUAUUACAAUUUUGCCUAAAAGAUGAUAA